AUGGCUCAACCAUACAAAGGUAAGGAAAUUCAUACUGGGGAAGUAAGUGGCGGAGAGAAAACACAAUACAAUGCUUCAACUGAACCCUGGAUUAGCCAAGUGAAAAGUACGUUCAGUCCUUCAUAUAAAAGGUGGCAAGUGUCAGAAAAUGUUUGUAUUUAUAGGGUGAUUGAAGUCUUGAGGAUUUCUAAACCGGAAUUUUAUGCUCCUUUAGUCAUAUCAUUGGGGCCUUACCAUCACAAGAUUAAUCGUAAAUUUUCCAUGAUGGAUCAAUAUAAAGUCGAAGCAGUCCAUAGAUUUUUGUCAAGAGUGAAUAUAGAUGUUGGCAUGUUGAUUACAAAGAUCCAAAAUCUUGAAAGUCAAAUAAGAGAGUGCUACUCAGAGCCAAUUGAGUGGGACGAAGAAACAUUAUCUUGGAUGUUAACAUUGGAUGCUUGCUUCAUUCUUGAAUUCUUUAGAAGCGCUGCCCUAAGAAAAAAUAAGAUUGAUACAGAUUGCUUAAAUCUUAUUUUUCAAAGUAAAAGACCAACCAAUUCAAUGUCUUCUGCUAUAUUAAACGAUUUUAUAAAAUUAGAAAACCAGAUUCCUCUAUUUAUUGUCAUAACUCUGCUCGAAUUAGAAUUUGAAAACUCUGAACGUGCCACGACGGAGCUAGCUGCAAUGUUGAGUACCACCAGACCUUUUAACGGGUCUCCUUUCUGUUGGGGACUCUCAGAUGGUGCUAAACUAAAAUUGAAGAAUUAUUUAGACAAGAAAGCAGCUCCACGUCAUCUGUUGGAUCUGUAUCGAAUGGUGGUUAGAGAUCUGUUAAUAAAUCCAACUGCAGAAUCGAAUGUUCCUGUUGAUCGUGACGACUCCUAUGAUGGUACUGGUAAUAUCAAUAAUGGACAGUCUAGGCGGCGGAUACCAUUUGAUUAUACCAGGUCUACUCCUAGGGCCGAAUUAUUACACAAUGCAGGCAUCGAAUUUCAGCCAGGCCCUUUAAGAUUUGAAAAGAAAAGGUUUGGAAGAGGUAAUUUAAUUGAUUCGGAGAAAGACGUUGCUUUACUUCGAAAAGCUAUUGUAAUUAGAAGCUGGACGGGCAGCGACCAAGACAUAGCUUUCAUGUUAAACCGUAUUUGUGAUGGAAUUACAUAUAGUUCGAUUCCCGAAAUUGAUAUGGUAAUGAAAAAGGCUGAAGAACAUUAUCACAGUCAAUGGAAGGUGUGGAUAACCGAGUUCAAGCAAGAAAAUUGUUCAAAGCCAUGGUAUGUUGUCUCUUUUGUGCUGGCGAUACUUAUUUUGGGUAUGACGGCCAUGAAAACUGUCUAUUCAGUGAUGAAGUAG